AGCUACUUUCAUCGUCGUACCUUUUCUUUUACCUAGUUGGAGGUCCGAGUGUUGUACUUUCUACCGGUUAUAUUUUUUUAUUAUAAUUCCUUUACAAAUUCGCGAUAGUUUGAGUUGUAGAUUAGAAAGGGACUUUUAUUUGUGGAGAAAACCCUAACUAAUUUGAUGUUGAAAACCCGCUGAGACUGCGAUGAGGAGAGAGAGAGAGCUCAUUGUCACUGUGUUAUUGUUGAUGUCAGCUGCAGACCUGCGUUCAGUCGCGUUUUAACCGUUUAACAAAUAACCAGGACGAGUGGGGGGAAAAAACAACCCACUGGAUAACACAACAUGGGACCACGGCGGUACUUUAUUUUAGCGUUAAUUGUUUUUCCUGCGGUGUUUAGCUCGGAUUUCGGCGGAAUCCGGGUGUCGCGUAAAACGCACUCUUUACAUAUGAACGCAGUGGAUAAGAUCAGGUCCGAAGUGGAUUUUUCAGAUCAUCAUAUGAUUAAAAAGAGAAACGCAGACGACGCAGGAGACACCUGUAAUGGUCUACAGGGAUACGAAGGCAAAUUAUCCAACAAUACACACAGUAUCACAUUUAAUGAUCUCAGUGGAUCAGUGUCUCUGGCAUGGAUAGGAGAUGGAACAGGGGUCGUGCUAGCCUUGACUACAUUUCAGGUGCCCAUAUUUUUGCUAAGAUUUGGCCAGUCCAGACUUUACAGAAGCAAGGACUAUGGAAAGACAUUCGAGGACAUCACAUCGCUGAUUAACAACACGUUUAUCAGUACUGAGUUUGGGAUUGCCAUUGGCCCUGAAAAUUCUGGGAAGGUGAUUCUUACAGGAGAUGUGUCUGAUAACAGUGGCUCCAGGAUUUUCCUGUCUACUGACUUCGGCGAGAGCUUUAAACCAUCAGACCUGUCAUUCAACCCUCGCAUGCAGAUUAUGUAUAACCCUGAAAAAUCCAAUGUCCUUGUGACUAUCAGUGUGAAGAACGAACUCUGGAUUUCAGAGGAUUUUGCAACGACCUGGAGGAAAAUCUACGAGACUGUGUGUGUGGUGAAAUGGGGAGAAGACAACGCACUUUUCUUUUCCAUCAACCUGAAUGGAUCCUGCUAUGACAGAGGGACGCUUGUCCUGGUGAAAUCAGUAGACUACGGCAAGACGUUUAAGACGAUCGCUGAAAAGGUCUACUCUUUUGGGAUUGGCGGUCGUUUCCUGUUCGCCUCAGUCAUGACCGGAACAGGAAUGAUGCGGAUAAUCCACGUGUCUACAGACCAGGGUGAGGAGUGGAACAUGGCUCAGCUUCCUCCUGUAGGCCAUGAGCAGUUCUACUCUAUACUGGCAGCCAACGAUGAAAUGGUUUUUAUGCAUGUAGAUGAGCCUGGGGACACCGGCUUUGGCACCAUCUACGUGUCAGACGACAGGGGCAUGGUGUACUCUAAAUCUCUGGAGCGCCACUUCUACACGUCUACAGGAGGUGACAACGACUUCACGAACGUCACGUCGCUCAGAGGAGUGUUCAUGACCAGUGUACUGGCUGAAGACAACUCUGUGCAGACUGUGGUGACGUUCGAUCAGGGAGGCGAGUGGGUGCCCUUGAAGAAACCAGAGAACAGCCAGUGUGAUUCAACUGCUAAAGAUGUAAAUAAGUGUAGUCUUCAUAUUCAUGCUUCCUACAGUAUGUCUAUGAAGCUGAAUGUUCCAAUGCUGCCUCUGACUGAACCUAAUGCUCUGGGACUGAUAAUUGCUCAUGGCAGCGUCGGCGAUGCCAUCUCGGUGCUCACUCCUGAUGUAUAUGUGUCUGAUGAUGGUGGCUACACAUGGCUGCGCGCUCUCGAGGGCCCACAUCACUACGCCAUGCUGGACUCAGGAGGUCUGCUGGUGGCAGUGGAACACAACACCAAAGAGCCAAUUUCUAAGCUCAAAUUUUCCACAGAUGAGGGCCAGUGCUGGCAUGAGUACACCUUCACCAAGGAGCCAAUAUACUUCACUGGGCUCGCCUCAGAGCCCGGGGCUCACUCUAUGAACGUUAGCAUUUGGGGCUACAGAGAUUACCUGAUAAGCCAGUACUGGGUGUCAGUUACCAUCGACUUCAAAGAGCUGCUCACUCGUGACUGUGGUGAUAACGACUACUUGUCGUGGCUCGCACAUUCAGAUGACAUCAGCGAUCCUAACGAUGGCUGCAUGCUGGGUUAUAAGGAGCGUUUUCUGCGUCUCAAGAAGGACUCCGUGUGUUGGAAUGGACGCGAUUAUGUUGUCAACAAGCAGCCCACACCUUGUCCCUGCACACUCGAUGACUUCCUUUGUGACUUUGGAUAUUACCGUAAAGAGAACAGCUCGGAGUGCUUGGAGCAGGUUGAGCUCAAAGGUCAUGACCUGGAGUACUGCAUCCAUGGCAAGAAGGAACACCUACAGACCAAUGGGUAUCGUAAGAUUCCAGGAGAUAAGUGCGAGGGUGGCACAAACCCUGAACGAAAAGAGAUCGAUAUGAGUAAAAAGUGUGUCAGCGACCUUCUGGAUCCACAACUGCAGACUCAGGAAGCAGAGAAACCCAAACACUCUGCCUUUAUUAUCAUGGCUGUCAUCGCCGUCCUGCUGAUCAGUUGCAUAGCUGGAGUUGUUAUUGUGAAGAAGUACGUCUGUGGUGGAAGAUUCCUGGUGCACAGAUACUCGGUCCUGCAACACAAUGUCGAAGCUAACGGCAUAGAUGGAGUGGAUGAGCCUUUGGAUAUAAAUGUGGCCGGACACUCAAAAACCAGCUUCCACGAGGACUCGGAUGAGGACCUUCUGGAAUAACAGCAGCGAGUCAACGCCAGCAGAAACUUGGAGCUCUCCAUCUCCUUUAAUGCCUCCGGCAUCUUUGCUGCUGUUUCUAUUCCCACUCUAAAGCACAACCCAGCCUCGAGCAUCUUUAAGCCUCGAAUAACUCCGCUUUAGUUCCUGCUUCUUUAGUAGGAGUAAAUUGCAGUUUUGAUCUAAAAGUAUCUUGUGAAUUUAGCUGUGCAGCCAGUGGUUAAAUGACUUGAGCUUAGACGAUAUCUUGCCUAGGGAGCAGGCUCUGUAGGAGGACACUAUCUCAGAAUUAACAGCGGGUUACAUGUCAAGGCACCUAACUCUCCUUUCAACUUCUUUAGUAAUAUAUGCAGUGCAGAAUCAGUGCGACUGAGUGUUGUGUAUGAAGACCAGGGUUACCAGUGAAUCAUAUCGCCUAAAUGUUUGACAGAAGCAUGAAAUAUGACCGUGAUGGAUAUAUUUUUGAUAUUAGACGCAUCUUCCCAAACUACGAUCCUGUCAAUUGAAUUGUGUUUAACAGAAAGCAAUACAGUGCAUCGAUACAGCGAAUCUGCACGUAUCAGCAUACUCCAAGGCCAUCAUUUCCUCAAUUUCUCAAAAACAGAGAAAGGACUAUUUAACUAACCUAAAAUAAUGCUACUGUGUAGACGGUUAUUAUAAUACUGCUUGUGGCUGUAUAGAUUAUAGACCGUCACUUAGAAGGUUAACUUAUUUUACCCAGCGGAAGGGAAACUUUUAAACAUGAAAACCUGUAAAGAAAUGUUGUGCUUGUAUCUGUGAGUAUACUGUAUAUCCUAGAUUCCUAUAAUAGAUACAUUUUUAGUCGACUGUUCGUUUUAUAGAAGACAAUUUUUGUGACGCUCAGCAGUUUUUGCACUGAAAUAUAAAACGUUAACAAAAGGCCUGAUGGCCGCUUUUGUAAAACAUCCGGUUCUGAGCACAAACGUGACUUUUUCCAAAGCCAAGGGGAGUCAUAAAACAUUUAAACACAUCCAAUCAGCGUAAAUGUGAAGGAACCUCAGUUACACAUAAAAAAGUAGCACAAAUAUGUCUUAUUUUUCCACAUUUUGAGUUCAUACGCUCAGGGGAAAGGAUCAGAAAUUCCAGUAAAUAAGUUGAGCAAUACGUCAUCACGAUCAGCUGACCGUGAGACGCAAGAUCACUGAAUGAAGACCAACGCCAUUGUGUUUGAGAACGAUUUCCCCCUCCUCUUAUCAACCCAGGCUAAAGCUUUCACUUUUUAUCUGACUCUAGGAAGUUUGACUAUUCAAAUCAGUACAACGUGUGACGCCUUUCGAUAUCUAGUUUCUUUUAGCUUCUUCUGAGAUCCUCCGUGUAACGACACCAUUCUAUCACCUUCCUGUUUUUAGUGAAACCCUACGAAACCCUGGCAGAAAUCCUCUGUGAAGUAACGCUUUAUAGUUAGUUCUUCUCUUUAGUAUUUACAAAGCUCCAAAAUAACUACAUCUAUAUUACAGUUCAUUCUCAGUCACACAGCUUUUAUUAAAAGAAGUAAUAAUGGUGUGUAUGUUCAUUCAAGUGCCUAACAUGAAGGUAUCUGUGCCUUCAGAAAAAAAAAUAAUAAAUCCAUUUUGUUAAAUAAUUAACAGUAAGGAGGCAGAUUGUUGUAUCUUUAAUUUACUUGGAAGUCAGAGGUUACGAUGAUUAAUGUGUCACUUUCAGUGUGGGUCAUGCGUGAAAGCUGAAGGACUCUCAGGAGGUCGGGUUUGAUCAGUUACAAAGAACCAGGGUUUAAAAGUUUUCAAUAUCUUUUGGGGGGAAAAAACUGUACCUUUUCUCUUCUGUGUUUUAGGCUUCAUUUUAACCGGGUAAUUCUAUGCAUGCUAUCUUAGCAAAUAAAUCACAACUCACUCAUCGUGGCACUUGGGGUCAAAGCUUAAGACGACGGCUGCAGCACAAAGACUACAUGAGUUUCCUACUUGAAGUAAAGCUGUUUUGCUUUGUGGGUUGUAAUAAUUUUCUUGCCUUUGAUAAUCAGUGUAAAUAACAUGAAGCUGGCUUUGUAAAUAUAAAACUGCUUUACCUUUGUAUCAGACAUUUUUGCUCUGUAUAUUAUGGAAUAAAUAGACUACACCCGUU